GUCUGCUUUCGAGUAAGAAAUUGGUGAAUUAAAGGCAUUGAAUGAAACCGUGCUACUGUGGAGAGCAGACAGAUGACUGUUCAACGCUUUCUGAAGUCACAAAUUUAUUAGAAUGCAGCAAGUGUGGUCAGAGAAUUCAUUCAUAUUGUGUUCAGGCUGUCAAAAUUCCUAUUCUGUUGUAUGGCGACAAGUAUUUCACCUAUUACUGCAAAGACUGCUCGAAAACAUCCACAGACUCAUUUGAACGGCAUUCAGUAUCAUGGUCAGUGCUGUUACAGCUUGUGCUUUACUAUCUACAUGUGAGUCGACCAGCCUGCAACUACUUUCAUAUCAAGGACAUUUAUCAGAUUCUUGACUCGGGCUGGGAAUAUCUGCGAGCUCAAACUGAUCGGCCAGCAAAAUGGAAAUCAAAUGUCGCUGGAGUGAUUUCUACAACCCCAACUAUAUUUAAAUCUGGUGUCAAGGAUAUGGGGCGAGUUGGCUACUGGACGCUGGUAGAGAUCAAACUGCCUAAUCAAAAAGCCCAACGAAAUGCAAUGCAAUCGUUAUCAAGCACUCCAACUGCAAAAUCUGCAUCAGUAAAUCGUAGACCAUUUAGUGGCUCUCCUCUAGAAUCUGGAAUAUCAAGUGAUACUGCUGCUGGUCAGUCUGCAUUAAGAUUUCUGGGAAGUCUAUUAAAAGGAGGCUCUUUAUCGCAUGGAUUGUUACCAUUGGGUUCUACACCUACACAACGUGAACUUGAACUUGCUAGUAGCAUGCUACAAUCUGUCGCGAACCAGAAUCUACGCAAUAUCAAAAACAAACCAGUAUCAAGUGAUUCAUCUGGUUCAUCUGAUUCAUCUGAUUUGGAAGACGACUCAAAUGUGUCUGAUUCAUUGCAAAAUAAUGCCAAUACCAAAGCUUCUUCAUCUCUAAAUGCAUUAAGCCAGUUAAACUCUGCACCAACUCAGUCUAAUCCUGAAGAGUUUGCAUCUUUUCCAGGAUCACUCUUACCCAACUUUUUUUCCAAUUUACAGUCAAUCAUUGCAUCGGCGAUUUUACCAGGAUCUUCGUCAACGCCUCUAUUUGCAGCGACAAAUCGUGUAUCACCACAACAGCAAGCAAUGGCAUCCACUCUUUUUGAAAAAAACGGCAUUGAUGGUUUCAAAUCCGAUUCGAUCCAGCAUGGCACGCCUUUAUCUAGUCCUUUGACUUUUGGAAAUAAUUUGAGCAGUAGUGAUAAUAGUGUAGAUUUAAGUUUUCAAAGUAACAAUUCAGAUUCUGGAAUGAUAGUGUCAGGCAGCGCAGAUACGAGUGGCAUUUUGAAGAUUGAGUCAAAAGCGAGUGUUGGUGCUCCGGAUGAUACAAUGUUGAAAAACUCACCUGACCAAUCUACCUCACUUUCUACUAAAAAGCAUAAACCUUUGCAGAAACCAUUUACAAAACCUAUAGAUACAGUGACACAAGAGGAUGGCAGUGACUCGACCAGAAAGAUCAAGAGUCUAACUAGGCAGAUUAAAAAGGCAGUUGAUACGACCAUAUCUGAUGCUUCAAUUAAUGGCGAGUCUACUGUGAACAACACAAAUACUGUACAAUCACGACACCUGGCAUUGCGUUUAAGCGAAUCAGUGACAGAACAGUCCGAUCAGUUACGUACACCAUCUAUUAAAAAAACUAAAAUGGCACACCGAGUGUCUAAAAAGUUGGCAAAUCAAGUCAUGGACGAUUUUGAAUGUGCGACAGCUGCAUCAGCAUUUAAAGUUGAAGAAGCAGAUACUGUUGGUGAAAAGACUGGGAUGAUCAAUAUGGACGACACCAAAAGGAAGGCUGAGGAAUCUAGUCCAUCGAUGAUAAAGAAACCCAAAGUGGCACAUUCAGUAUCUAAAAAACUCGGUAAUAUGCAAAUGGUGGACUCUGAUCACGAUUUUGAAAAUAGCGAAUGUUCUGCAGAGGAAUUGGGUCAAACCAAUCUAUCGAGUGCACUAUCAUGUAAUAAGGACUUGAAACCCCCAGGCUCUUAUUCUACGGAAUUUCAAGCAACAUCACUAUCAAAUCCGUCCAAAAACUCGGCCAACAGAUUGAUUCAAAAGCCCGCCGCACGACCAAAAUAUCGGUUACUGAGUGUUGCCAACGAAUUUCAAUUACGAUCUCAACUUGAUAUGGUGUCAAAUUUAUCCAACCCAUUGUAUCAGUUUCGACGCAAGCUGAUUAUGCGAAGCCAACGACGAUUGCAAAAUCAUAAAGUGUUUAAUUUGGAUGCAUGGAUGGCUAGAUAUUUUCAGCAAACGCCAGGCGGAGCUACUCCCUUAGUCUUUCCAUCACAGUUACGUGUCCGUAUUCAGAUGCCGAACGGCAUGUGGGAAAGCAUUGCUAUGCCUGAUGAAGAUCCAGCUACUGUUUUGGAACGAUUCAAUGUAGCUAAAGAUAUCUCAAAAACUCUGUACUCAAAAUCUCUGCGAUCGUACAUUUUGGGAAAUCCAAUGCUAAGAGACACGCUUACCGUAUUUGGGAAAAGACAUAGCGCAUAUACGGGGAAAGUGCUUGAGCCAUACAUUAUCCGCAACUACAGUAUAAAUCCUCCAAAGAAGAUGCUUUUGGAGGCAAUCACUUUUUGUGAAAAAGUGCUUCCAAAUGUUUCUGCUUCCAUUGAUCUUGUGUAUUUUCAUGAAAUGCAUGUCAAUGCAGUCAAUGAUAUGUUGUCGCGAGUGUUUUGGCCAGGUAUUGACAUGUCAGAAAGCUUAACCUAUCCAGAUUUUAGCAUUGUUGCCUUGUACAAGCGACUUGUGAUUGGGUGUGCAUUUAUGAAUCCAGAAGGGUAUAUCACGUAUCUAGCAGUUUUACCAGGAUGGCAAGGAUGUGGUAUUGCGAGCAUGAUGCUGUAUCAGCUCAUCAAGAAAGCAAAAGCAGCAUGCCAUGAUAUCUGCCUUCAUGUAUCUGCAAGCAACAAAGCCAUGUUGCUAUACCAAAAAUUCGGAUUCAAGUCUGAAGGGUUUUUUGUUGGAUUUUAUUCAAAUUAUUUUCCAAAAGACUCAAAAGAGUGUCCAAAUGCUAUAUUUCUUCGACUUCGGAUUCGUUGAGCGAAGCCUGUUGUGUUUACACGAUUCAAAAGCCUAUUAUAGCUCUCGCUUGAUCAAAAUGACUCUUAUUGCUUGUAGUUUUAAACCAUACCCAUUCCGAGCAUCUAAUACAUUUAUUACAAAUCU